GGAAAAAAAAAACAAAUGAGACGAGGAAUAGAAACAACUACGCAAUCACCGCCGUGGUGCGCGCCCACGCUCCACCCGUUGGUUUUAUCCAUCGCAAUCUCUCUCGCCUCUCUCAAUCGAUCGAGCAAUUCGUUGAACACCGGCAAACCCCUCGCCGAGAGAUGGAAGGCGGCGCUUCCGGUGCCGGAGGCGGGCCUGCUCCUUUUCUGCUGAAGACGUAUGAAAUGGUCGACGACGCCUCCACAAACGGCAUCGUCUCCUGGAGCUCCACCAAUGCGAGCUUCGUGGUGUGGAAUCACACGGAGUUCGCCGCCCGCCUGCUCCCGACUUACUUCAAGCACAACAACUUCUCUAGCUUCAUCCGACAGCUCAAUACCUAUGGCUUCAGGAAGAUCGACCCGGAGCGGUGGGAGUUCUCGAACGACGACUUCGUCAAGGGGCAAAAGCACCUCUUGAAGAACAUCCACCGGCGCAAGCCCAUCCACAGCCAUAGCCAUCCAUCGGGAGGUGUUUUUCCUGACGCGGAGAGGACGGCGCUGGAAGAUGAGGUCGAGCAGCUUAGCAGGGAGAAGUCGAGCCUCGAGUCUAGUUUAUUCAAAGUCAAGGAGCAACAAUCCGGGACGGAGAUCCAGAUUGAGGAUCUGGAACGCAGGGUGAUGAACAUGGAGCAGAGGCAGCUCAAAAUGGUUGCUUUCCUGCAACGUGCCAUGAAAAACCCUCAGCUCAUGGAAAGUCUAACGAAGAUGGCCUCAGCCACAUCAAUAGAUGUCUCAGCCAUUAACAGGAAGCGGAGAUUGCCGUCGGAUGGGGAUUACUGCCGAGAUUGUUCCGACAACAGCUUCUGCGAUGAUACCGGGUUCAUGCUCGAUCAAGAUUUCUGUGAGAAGCUAAAAUUAGGUCUGUGCUCAGCUGUUCCGGCCGAUUCUGAUGUGGUGAUCCUCAAUACGCAGCACUUUGAUCAUGAGCUGCCGGAGUGCCCCCCUCAGGUGUCUGAGACACUACAGCUCCGUGAUGCCGGGGCUCCUGUUUCUCCAUCAAAGAAUGAUUUGUUUGCUAGAGCUGUUGACGAAGACGAUGUGCUUCUUCCAUGCCGUUUGAGUUUAACGCUUUCAAUGGAAAUCGAUGCCGACGAUCUCUCAUCUUCUACUCAAAGACAUAAUGAUCUUAAUACGCCAGUUGCAGGCAUGCAAAACAUGACUGCUGAUUCUGCUGCUGAUGAUGCUGAAGCUGUGUCCUGUGAAGCAAACGAUGCAUCCUCGGCCCCUUCAGGUGGAACAAACGAUGUAUUCUGGCAACAAUUCUUAACUGAAAGGCCAGGUUCGAAUCCCAUUGAUGGGCUGAAUGAAGAGAGGAUGCCAGGAUUAAGCAAAAAAGAUAAGGAGCAACUGUAACUUCGUCUACCAUCUUUUGUUUUGGCAUCAUGUUCUUACAGGCUGGACCAUGAAUUCUCGCUUGAAUGAGUGCAUGUUGAUCUCUGACGCCGUCCAUUAUGAAAUGAGUAGCUGGAAGCCAAAAAGUUUCUGUCUUCCAAAUUCACCACUGCGAUUCCUUCUUCCCGAAUUGAGCUCUUUAGGGCUGGGCUGGGUGACCCACCGCAAAACCAAACAACACACGACGACUCACUGCAUUAAAGCCUUGUACUACUCACAAAUGAAGCACACAGAUCUCCAUCCAGCAGAGAAUGG